AUGGGUGUCCGGGAUGCUGGCACGGCAGAGUCCCUCGCUGACAAGCUCACCCUGGGCUACAGUGACAAUCUAAGGUCCACCCUGGGUACUCUCCCAGGCUACGCGUACCGGCCCCGCCGCUUCUCCGUCACUGUGGCCUUCUCACCUGCCACACGUGCGGUGCCAGUGAGACUGCCAGCACCGCCCUCGCAGGUGCGCCAGAACUACCACCCAGAGUGUGAAGCCGCGGUCAACAGCCACGCCGCCCUGGAGCUCCACGCCUCCUUCCAGUGCCUGGCCGUGGCCUUCUACCUCGACCGUGAUGAUGUGGCCCUGAAGCACUUCCACCGCUUCUUCCUGCUCCGCUCCCAUGAGCACGACAGGAGAGCUGAGAGCCUGAUGUUCCUGCAGAACCGGCGUGGGGGCCGCGUCUCCCUCCAGAACAUCAGGAAGGCGGAGACCCAAGAGUGGGAGAGUGGGCUCAAAGCCAUGCAGAAUGCUCUGCACGUGGAGGAGCACAUCAACCAGAGCCUCCUCGACCUGCACCAGCUGGCCACCGAAAAGCGCGACCCCCACCUGUGCCACAUCCUGGAGACCGGCUUCCUGAACCAGCAGGUGGAGUUCAUCAAGGAGCUGGCGGGCCAUGUCAGCACCCUGAGUAAGAUGGGGCCCCCGGAAGGUGGCCUGGCAGAGUACCUCUUUGACAAGCUUACCCUGGGUGAUGGUGACAAGAAAGACUGA